GUCAGUGCAAAUGCAGUUAGGCCAGCUGUGUUUGCUAGCUGGCAGUUAUCAAACUUAGGAUUCUCUCCUGCCACAGAGACUGGGAGACAGAUGCCCUGUCCUUCCUGAUGAUUACAUUUCAAAGGAAUGGCUCUGUUAUGAGAGGUUUGGGGAUUCGAUCAGAGACGUAAAAGAAACUUUCCACUCCAAACAAAUGGACUGAAGCAUUGCCAUGGACAGCAACCAUCAAAAUAAUUACAAACUCAAUAAAACUGAGAAGAAGUUCUUAAGGAAACAGAUUAAAGCCAGGCAUACUUUGCUGAGACAUGAAGGCAUUGAGACAGUAUCCUGUGCCACUCAGAUCCUGGUUGUUGCCAAUGGUGGUUUGGGUAAUGGUGUGAGUAGGAACCAGCUGCUUCCGGUUUUAGAAAAAUGCGGACUGGUGGAUGCUCUCUUAAUGCCGCCUAAUAAGCCUUACUCAUUUGUAAGAUACAAAACUACAGAAGAAUCCAAGAAAGCCUAUGUUACCCUCAAUGGAAAAGAAAUAGUGGAUGAUUUAGGACAAAAGAUCAUUCUGUACUUGAAUUUUGUGGAAAAAGCACAAUGGAAAGAGUUAGAGCUUCAAGCUUUACCUCCAGGCCUCAUGGUAGUAGAAGAAAUUAUUUCUUCUGAGGAGGAGAAAAUGCUUUUGGAGGGUAUUAACUGGACAGAAGAUACAGACAGUCAAAAUUUUCAAAAAUCCUUAAAACACAGAAGAGUAAAGCAUUUUGGUUAUGAAUUCUACUAUGAGAACAACAAUGUAGAUAAAAAUAAGCCAUUACCAGGGGGUCUUCCUGACUUUUGUGAUAGCAUUUUGGAGAAAUGGUUAAAGGAGGGUUUCAUUAAACAUAAGCCUGAUCAAUUGACUGUAAACCAGUAUGAACCUGGGCAUGGAAUUCCCGCUCAUAUUGACACGCAUUCUGCUUUUGAGGAUGAGAUCGUUUCUCUCAGUUUGGGGUCAGAGAUUGUCAUGGAUUUUAAGCACCCGGAUGGUGUCACAGUGCCAGUUAUGUUGCCUCGUCGGAGUUUGCUCCUGAUGACAGGAGAAUCUAGAUACCUUUGGACUCAUGGAAUCACACCCAGAAAAUUUGAUACUAUUCAAGCAUCCAAGGGUCACAAAAGUGGAAUUAUCACCAGUGAUGUUGGAGACUUAACUUUAAGCAAGAGGGGAAUACGGACUUCAUUUACAUUUAGGAAAGUGAGGCAAACACCUUGUAACUGUAGUUACCCUUUGGUCUGUGACAGCCAGAUGAAGGAGACUCCCUCAUCAUUUCCAGAGAGUAAUAAAGAAGCCUCACAACUGGAGCAAGAAUAUGUCCAUCGAGUUUAUGAAGAGAUCGCUGGGCACUUCAGCAGCACGAGACAUACCCCUUGGCCACGUGUCGUGGAGUUUUUGAAAGCUUUGCCAAGUGGUUCGUUAGUGGCUGAUAUUGGAUGUGGAAAUGGAAAGUAUCUUGGCAUCAAUAAGGAGUUAUAUAUGAUUGGUUGUGAUCGUAGCCAAAACCUUGUGGAUAUUUGUAGAGAGAGGCAAUUUCAGGCCUUUAUCUGUGAUGCGCUGGCAGUACCAGUCCGCAGUGGGUCUUGUGAUGCCUGCAUCUCUAUUGCUGUUAUUCACCAUUUUGCAACAGCAGAGCGUAGAGUGGCAGCUACCCAAGAACUCGUUCGACUCCUGAGACCUGGUGGGAAGGCACUCAUUUAUGUCUGGGCAAUGGAACAAGAAUAUAAUAAGAAGAAGUCCAAGUAUCUUAGAGAAAAUAGAAUUAGCCAGGGAAAGAAAGGGGAGAUCAACAAUGAUACAUCAGUGCAAGAGUUGCUUGUGGAGCAAAUGCCUGUUGUGGGCAACCAAGAUUCAGCAUGUUCUGUCCCCUCCACUAAUGAUUUUCAGGAGGGAGGAUGUAAUUCAAGGGAAGUUACUAAUUCUAAGCUGCCUAUUCACACGAACAGGACUUCUUUUCAUUCUCAAGACUUACUGGUUCCCUGGCACCUUCAGGGAAACCCUGGUAAAAACAAACUUGUUGAGCCAUUUGGUGCAGUAGGAUCCCAUGACCCAAGUCCUGUGUUUCAUCGUUACUACCAUGUGUUCUGUGAGGGAGAAUUGGAAGCUGCGUGCCAGACUUUGAGUAAUGUCCGCAUUCUGCAAAGCUACUACGAUCAGGGGAACUGGUCUGUCAAUACUAAUAGUGCAAAACUGGAAAAACUUCAAAUGUCCAUCAGCAGAGCCCCAGCCUGUGUCUCUCACUGGGUGACCCCAAGAGGAAACCAGAAUGCAAAGGAGCCCAGUGAUACAGUCCGUAAAAGUCAGCUUCCUGGGGCACGGAGUAGGGCAAAAAAGGUGUGGAGUGGAUUUCCCCACACCUGAAUGACAACUAACUCCCUUUUGGCCCGAAACCCACAAGUUAAUUAGUUUCCUACUUCCCUUUCCAAGGAAGUAAAAGGCCUGGGUACCAUUUUGGAAGUGGAGAAAAUUCUUUUCAGAGAGAAAGACACAGCACUAAGUAAUUUACCAAUACCAAUGCCCUGUCAGCUUAUACGAGGUAUUAUUGUUAUUACUGCUCAGACCCUUCUGACCUUCCUCGGAAAACAGGAUUCUGAGAGGUGGGAAGGGGAGAAGAGAGACGUUCUUUGAGCUCUAAAGUCAAGUAGUGGUCAAGAGAAUUGAGAACCCCUACUCUAUUUUAAAAUUCAGUUUAAACUACACACAAGGGCUCAUCCGAUACAGUGUACUAUCCUCUGUCUACGUAGUGCUACGUAGAUGAGGGAAUAUUCCCUUAAGGAAUGAAGAAUCUACAUGCCUCCAGUCAGAGAAUAACCUUUAUAAAAAUCCUGCUUGAAAAAUGAAUAGACCCAAGUAAUCUUGAACUACACAAAGUUCACACAAGCAAGCGAGGAUAUUGGCGACGUAUUUGACCUGCAUAAGACAUUUCAUGCCAAAUUGGCCAAAUGGCAGUUUUUAUCUUGGGUGAUACCAAAAGGACAUCUUCAGAAUGUCAGGGCUGUGAAACAGUAUCUUUUAAAAUACUGGCAACUUUUCCCACAGAAGCAGGUGGUCCUGUUUCUAAUCUAGGCGGAUGUUUUUUCCAGGCAACCUUAAUUGCCCUCAUCAACUGAACAAAAUGUCAGUGAAGAGUCUCUCAUGAGGGAAAUUUGGUUUGAAAACUCCAAGCCAAAUGAGUUCCUCCAAGGCCCUCUGAAAUAAGAAGUGCUACAAGUGACCUAUAUGCCUCCCAGAGGAGACGUACAAAACAAGCACACCUGUCACAAUUCAGAGGGAGGAGGUCUGCACUGACCACAAAGCGAACAUCUGGUCAACCCAAUAUCUGCUAGUCUGGAAAACCAACAGAUGUGGUUUUAAGAAGCAACUUUCACAAUUACAGAGAAAAUGCUCUUGGGCACAAGGGCUGUGAUCUAUACCAGCCAAAAAAUGCUUUCCCCUCUAUUGAUUCUUAAUUGUUGUUGAAUUAUCAUUUUACAUGGGUAAUAUGGCCCUUCGGAGGUUUUCCCACAAUCUCCAUAUGGUGUGUAAUCACCUAGAGCAGUUUUUCUCAAAAUGUGGCCCCUUAUCACCUACAUAGGAAUCACCGGGCAGUGCCUGAUGGAAAUUCAGGUUUCUGGGCCUGUGCAGCCAGAUGAACUAGAAUCUCUGAGGCUGUGUGUGCAUUUUGACAGGCUCCCUAGAUGAUUGUGCACUUUAACAGUAAAGGGGGAUUAGAUUCUGUUUCUGUUUUAAAUAUUUCCAACAAGAUCACCGGGCUCAGGAGACCCAGGCUCAGGUUGCAACUUUGUCAUUUACCAACUGUGUGAGCUUGGGGAAAAAACUCACAUAUACUCCCUGAGCCAGAGUUUCUUCAUCCAUAACUUGGGGGAGAUAAAACCUCAAUUAUAUAGCAAGUAGAAAAAGAUUAGAGGAUAGAUUCAUGGAAGAACUUUGUGAACUGCAAAGACCUAAAUAAAUGAUAAUUGGUUAUAACAAUAAGAGAUUGUGUACAAUCUGGAACAAAUUGGUGUAGGAAUUUAGAGAAAGGCUGAGGUAACACUUGGCUAGGGUAACCAAAGAAGCAAGUCAUGGAAGGAGUGGCGUCUUAGCUGCACUUUGAAGAAUGGGUAUGGACUUUAAUAGGUGUAAAUGGUGAGGGAAUUACAAAAAGUGAAAGCAGAAAUGCACACACCUGCAUUUUCAGUCUGGUUUGACUAGAGGUUCUCUACCUUCCUACACAUCAAAAUCACCUGAGGAGCCUUUUAAAAAUAAAGAGGUCUGGGACAGGACACACCGCAGCCAGUUAAACAAGAAUCUCUGAGAACUGGGGUUAGGCCUCGCCAAGUGAUUCUAAUGAGCAGCCUGGGUUGAGAACUCCUGUUCUAGGUGGUGGUGUCUGCAUGGAAGAGAGGAGAAUGGGAGAUGAGUCUGGAGAGAGAGGUGGGGUUAAGAAUACAAAGGGCUUCAAAUGUUAGUUAAGGAAAGUGGAACUUAGGAGCAGAGUCCUAAUAGUUUUCUGAGCAGCAGAGUGAUUAAAUUAAAGCAGCAAUUCGGGAAGAUUAAUCUGGUAGAGGUGUACAGAAUGGGCUGGAGUGGGAGGAGGAAAGGCAGAACAGGGUGCCAGGAGACUAGUUAGGAGGCUAGCAGAGUAGUCCAUGAAUGAUGUGCAAGUCAAACAUAUAAACUUCUCUUAGGAGAAAAUUAGAUCAGAAAAAUGAAUUUCUUCUUUAAGGAAAUGUGCGGCUUCAAAGCAGUGUAGUGCUUGACAGCUAGAUUAAAGGUUAAGGAAAAGGUGUCACCAUGAAUGUAUUUUUGGUUCCUUUACAGUCUAAUAAUUGAUCUGUAACCUCCUAACUUAAAAAGAAAAUAAGAUAAUUCUUCUAGCACUCAGAAACCUGAUGGUUUACGGCCUUUGAAUUGUUUCAAAUGCUUCUUAAACAUUGUUCAGAUAAGUAUACUUCAGGAAACAAUAGUAAAUGUGAAA